GCCCAUGUCCUGAACCCACUGCAAUAAGCUUGAUCCUCAUCAGGGGUUCAGUAUGUUUGUUUUGCAAUGGAAGAACCACGCUCAUAGAGACCGUGGAAAGAAGCAUAUAAGGCUCUGUUGCCGCUGUGAAUCUGUACUGUCUUUCUUCUCUACAGACCACACAACUCUCCAGCCUUUCCUUCUUUUUUCUUUUUAAUUGUGCCGUCACUCGUUCUGAACGCCUGCAUUUGGCUUGUCCAUUCUUUUAUUUGCCAUGUUGUUGUGUUCGAUGGUGGCGGCCCUGGCGGCUUUAGCCACUCCUGCUUUUUCUUGUGCUCUCCCUCACUUAGAUUUACCUGAAGACAAUUCCGGUCUUGAUAUCAAACUCGACAGCCUCAGCAACACUCGUGUCAAGGCUACGAUCACCAACAAAGCUGAUCGUCCAUUGAAUCUGCUCAAGUUCAACACCUUCUUUGAUGAUGGUCCAACUGAGAAGGUUGGAAUCUUUAAGGAUGGCAACCCGAUCAAGUUUGAUGGAAUCAUGCGACGUAUCCAGACUUUCGACCUUCCCAUCAGUGCCUUCGUUCCUAUCAGCCCGGGUGAAAGCAUUGAAAGAGAAUUCGACAUUGCCUCAACCUCUGACUUGACUGUGGGUGGUGCCUUCGAUAUCUUGUCUGAGGGUGCAAUUCCAUAUGCGGAAGCCAACCAAACCACCCUUACUGGAGCCAUGGUCUUCAAGAGCAAUGCACUCCAGCUCAAGAUUGAUGGAGAGAUGGCUGCUACCGUUGCGAGGGCGAUCCAGCCCCUUGAUCGACGUAGCGACGUGCAUGUCUGCCGCAACAGCGCAAAACGCAAGGCUCUCAUGAAGGCCCUUCGCAACUCCGCGCAUCUUGCUGGAACUGCUGCUAGCGCUGCGUAUCGCAACCCGCGUAAAGUUCAAGAAUACUUCCACACCACCGAUCGCACAGCCGUUCGAUCCGUUGCAGCUCGCUUGAAGGCUAUUUCCCGGGAAUCUGGUUCUACUCGCAACGGAGCAACUCGCUACGCCUGUGAAGACCACUGGAACAGAUGCGAGCCCGGUGUGCUCGCAUACACUCUCCCAUCUCACAAUCUUGUCGUCAACUGCCCGAGUUUCUACAACUUGCCAGCACUCACCAACAGGUGCCACGGCCAGGACCAGGCUACCACCGUUCUCCACGAGUUUGCUCACGCGCCAGGUGUACAUGAACCUUUCUGCAAAGAUCACGCGUAUGGAUACCGAUCCAUUCGACGUCUGUCUACGAGACUGGCUCUCAAUAACGCUGAUUCCUUCUCUCUGUUCGCGAAUGCUAUUAAUCUUAGAUGCUAGCGCACCAACUUGGCUUACUUCUGUCUGUCGACCUGGCUUGAAAACGGCCUGUGGCUGUGGGGAAAUGUGCCCAUUAUGCGCUUGUACAAACCAGAAACAUUCAUUGCAUCUCUUUCUUAAUAAUACUAUUGACUUUGAAUU